GCAUGCGGCUGUCAGGGUCGGGAGGGAAGAAUCUGGGGAAAGGGGAAAUUCCAGAUCAAGAUGACCCCAAGACCAACUCCCAAGACCCCGAACAGCCCCCAAACCAACACCACUAACACCACAAUCCCCUGAUUCUUCCCCUCUCAUGACAAGACAAGUUUUUUAACAGGGAAACUCCGCAAACCGCAAACUGCAAACUGCGAACUGCGAACCCCGCUAACUACCAAACAGAGCUACCUACUUACUCCCUAAUGUAUGGUAUACUGUUGUUUUUCCACGCGCCAAGUCUAGUGGUAUGACGUUUCCUAAAGCCAACGAAACGGAGUCGCCGUUUGUAUGUAAUCUGUUGGUAUCAUGUAGACGUCGUCCCACAUUGGCUAUACAUGACAUAUGUAGGUUAGGUUAGCCUAGGUUAGCCUAGGUAGGUACAUAUUUUUAUCUUUUCUUUCGGCUUCCACUGCCUCUUACACUCUCACGAUGAAAUCUUAUUGCCUCUUCUUGGACUCAUCCAUCACAUGAGCACGACGUCUGUUGAGCUACCCAUUUUAAUACUUAAGUGUUAUUAGCGAAUCUAUUGCGCCGAAAUGAGUGAUAACCCCCGCCUCAUAUAGAUUUCACAUUCUACAUAAUUUACAACAUACAUAUCUACCUAGUAUUCACUUCAACCUAAGUUUCACAUCCCAACCUAUCUCAAAUCAAAUGGCCCCGUCUAUUGUCCAUCUGCCAGAUGGCCAGAGUUUCACAGUCCAACCCGUGUUCUCUGGCUUAUUCUUCAAGUAUAACGAGCUCAGUUACCACCACGGGCCAUUCCCUAUUGGUUGGACUGUCGUUAUACAUAGUGAAGAUCGUCCUGAAGACCAUCUUCAGGAUCCCACCCUUAAAGAUUCCGCGAAUGAGCCCCGCUCCAGGCACAGCCAUAUUCACAAGUACAACAAGCCGACCUUGCAAAAUGACACUAUUUUCAUCUCAUCUAUCUCGAAUCCUCCGGAUGGCGAAUAUAAGCCUCUCGCCAGCCACUCCCGACAGAUAGCCAUGUUUCUGUGGGUGACUCUGUACUGGUAUUUCCAGCAGCCUGAACCAUCACCAUACGUUUUGACGGAACAGUCUAAGCAUGCUCCCCCGGAAGCAAGACCUAGGGGCGAGUGGCGCAUCAGAAUUAAACGGGAUGGUGUCCUACGCACGCGGAACAUGAUACCGAAACUAGAGAGAAUGGGCCUGAUGUCAAGCCUGGACUCUGCUGUCGGAGAGAGUUCUUGUGAGCAUAACCAUGGAUGGGACAAAAUGUUCGUUACUCGACGAGCAUUCUGGCAAAUCCACAGCGGCCUAUUUCUUUUUACUCUGCAGCCCUUGAAGCACAGCUCGUCGUAUCCUGGGUCGCCUAGUAGUAGCCGGCCUACAUCUCCGGCUAGAAGCGAUGCAGGUCAGCUGGCAACAAUGUCUAACCAGUUAGCUGCUGAAGUGCCAUCUUCCCCCAUCGGGCCAUAUCGCUCAUCCUCUCACCUCCCAACCUUCUAUCCUCCUGCACCGUUGCAGUACAUAUUAACAAACAAUGUCCGGCAUCCGCUGCGACAGAAGCCACCGCAUAUGGGAGAGAUAUUUUAUACUCGCUUCGUACCUAGUGUGGGGAAGUACCUAUCAUUUCGCGUAGCAUCCCUCUCACCAAAGCCUAUCCCUUGCCUUGGACCUAUGGGGCCUGCCGAACGGGAUAAUACACACCUAAAUACCUUAUCCGACACCUCACUCCUUCAGAUGUGGUUUUCUAACCCCAGAGUCCAGGCCUUCUGGGGCGCGUACCAGCCCAACUUUCUCUCGGACGCUCUCAAGUCGCGCCAUUCAUUCCCGGCCAUCGGGAUGUGGGACGGCGUGCCCUUCGGAUAUUUCGAAAUCUAUUGGGUUAAGGAGGACAACGUAGGACAUUAUAUGGGCAACGAUGCGCAGGACUUCGACAGAGGCAUCCACGUGUUGAUUGGAGAGGAGUGGGCGAGGGGAAGAGUUCAGCACUGGCUCUCGAGCAUCGUUCACUGGUGCUUACAGGCAGACUACCGUACGAUGAAUAUCUGCCUCGAACCAAGGGUUGACAAUACGAAGUGAGUCUUACCACCACCACCACACGCGGAUGUCCGCCGGUUUAUUAAUUCGUGCCUAGAUUUAUUCAGCACCUCCAGAACG